AUGUUGAUAAUGCACAAUUACUUACUACUGCUCCGUAGCACCUCAGAGUUCGGCUGUCCGCGUACACGUAAGCCGAAGAAGUUGCCCGGAGAGAAGGGUGUCAGUAGCGGUGCAUCAAAUGGCAGCGGAAGCGGCGGUGGUGGUGCUGCCACCGCAGAGGAUAAACGACCGCGUACGGCGUUCAGUGGCUCGCAAUUGGCGCGCUUGAAGCAUGAGUUCACCGAGAAUCGGUAUUUAACCGAGAAACGACGUCAACAACUCAGCUCCGAACUGGGACUAAAUGAGGCGCAGAUAAAAAUUUGGUUUCAAAACAAACGUGCCAAACUGAAAAAGUCGAGCGGCACUAAGAACCCCUUAGCGCUGCAACUAAUGGCGCAAGGCCUGUACAAUCACUCGACGGUGCCACUGACGCGUGAAGAAGAAGAAUUGCAAGAGCUGCAGGAGCGCGAAAAUGCAGCGGCCGCCGCAGCAGCAGAGGCAAGAAAUGGUGGCUCAACAACAGCAACUACCGUGUCCACGUAGGUGCUUACGGCUCACUGAGGUA